AGGCGGUAACGGCAACAUUCCGAAGACGACAUGUCCCCGCAGCAGUUAAGAAAUUCCACGAUGGCGCAAGCACGCGCACAGCCGCUGGUCUGUGUUGUGAUGGGAGAGAGCGGCGCGCGCGCGGGCACACACGUGGCCCCUGUUGUUGUUGUUGCUGCCGCCGACACUCGUCUUGUGAUCACGUGGGUCGCCAGCUCGCUUCCUAAUUGGCUGACUCUGGGACAGUGAACACACUGGCGACUCCACGAGAAGAAGAAGAAGAAGAAGAAGAAGAAGAAGAAAGUGGACACACGCACAAACACCGCGGAAAGAGGAGGGGUAGCGAAGGAAGGAGAAGGGGUACCAGGUUGUUUCCAAACAUCUUUGACCGGAAAGCGAGGGAGGUGAUGGCCGACAGCCGCGUAUUUCCCCUGUGGCGGGGGCUCGGGGCCGGCGUCGGAGGCGGCUGGAGCCAAGGCUGGGGCCGCUGCCUGCGAUGGGAGCCCCCCGCCCAGGUGGAGGGGGCCCGCAUCCCACUGUCCGAGUACCCGGUGUGGUUGGUCAUCUGCCGGGGGGGGCGCGCCCGGCUCAGCGAGGUGUGCCAGAGAGGCAAGGGCGCCAUCAGACUGCCCACGGAGAUGCUCAGCAUCAAGCUCCCGCCUCUUUUUGACAUCCAUCAGAUUCCCAAGGUGUUCCGUGAGGACGGCAUCAUGUCCGGUUACCGCCACCCGCAGAGCUCGGCGCUGGACUGCGUGCUCAGCAGCUUCCAGAUGAACAACGAGACGGUCAACAUCUGGACGCACUUCCUGCCAACGUGGUACUUCCUGUGGCGGCUGGGCGUCCUGUGCUCCACCAUGAACUUCCUGAGUGACAGCUACACCUGGCCGCUGUUAGCCUACAUGCUGCUCAUUUGCAUAUACCCUUUCACUUCCUGUCUGGCCCACACCUUCAGCACCAUGUCGCAGGAGUCCCGACACAUCUGCUACUUCUUCGACUACACCGCCCUCAGCCUCUACAGCCUUGGAAGUGCCAUCAGCUACGGCUCCUACGUGAUGCCCGACAGUUGGGUGAACGGUUGGCUCCAUCAGCACUUUGUCCCCAUCGCCGUCGGCAACACUUUGUUCUGCACCAGCCUGUCCUGCUACUCGCGGUUCCUGGAGGUCCACUCCCCAAAGAAGAGCAAGAUGUUGAGGACCAGCGCCUUUGUGGUUCCAUUCAUCUUUGACAGCAUGCCCAUUUUCUACCGGCUCCUCCUGUGCUGCGGGGGCAUCUGCAGCCCCAGCGAGGCCGUCCCCAGCCACUGCUACCAGGUCUCCUUCGCCCUCCUCACCUGCUUCCUCUUCACCUCGCACCUCCCUGAAAGGCUGGCCCCCGGACGCUUUGACUACUUUGGCCACAGCCACCAGCUCUUCCACGUGAGCGCCGUGGUCGCCACCCACUUCCAGAUGCAGGCCGUCAUCACUGACAUGACCUCACGGAGGGCGUGGCUCGUAGCCCACGGAGCCGCGCCCUCCCUUCUCGGCACCAUGGGGGUGCUGGUGGUCAGCCUGGUCCUCAACCUGGGCAUCAUCGCCAUCUUCAGCGCGCAGCUGCUGUGGAGGCCCCGCCGGGCGCCGCCUGGCGCCGACAAGGAGCGCUGAGGGGCGGGGCCCGACGUCUUUAUUUAUUUUUUGUCGACUCAGGCGCUGAAGACCCAGGUGGGUGUCAUGUCUUCUACCUUUCAUCCACGCCGGGUCGCAGGAAGCGCUGCCAAGUUCCCAAAACCUGAAACUGGAAGCCUUCGUGGCCACCGGGUGGUGCCAGUGGGCGUCUUCCGAUGAGUUUCUAUGGCAACCGAGGUCCACUGCACCAGCACAAUAGUCCUCACAAUUACUAUAAAUACUCUAUAAAACUGGCACUAAAUAUUCUUUAUUACUAUCAGAUGUAUUUAUUAUUAAAUAUGCAGCAUUUUUAGGGGCAGUAGCAGCAGGACUUUUACAUUUUUUAUCUUUUUAUAUCAAUUAAUAAUGUUUCUUCUAGAAAAUAUGACUCACUUUUUUGUUAUAUUUGCAUCAUUUCCUAAAUUAAAACUAUUUUCUCCUGCACUCUUUUAACCUUCCUCUUGUGUAGCAGACAGGAAGUUGAGCCAAAAGCGCUUUUUUAAUAUUUUUUAAAUCAUUUUUGAAUCGGCAGCAACUUGUAAACGCUUGUCACACUUCCACAACUUACACAAGUACUUGCAAGAAGGUCUCAAUGCACGUGUUUUUUUCAACAAAAGGACUGUGAAGGGCGUCACAUGUUGGUGGAAGGUGAAGGGUCACAAAGAGUACACACACACAUACACACACACACAUACACACACACACCCAUACAAAAAUACACUGUUGUCUUCUUAAAGCCAGUCAAAGUCUUCCUUUCAAAACACGCCAAUUAGUUUUGAUGAUGGCGUUUGAGUCUUGGAUGUUGGAUCGCGGGAUUUUCUUAGGUGGGGGCGACUGGACAGAAGCAGAACUAAAAAAAAAAAAAAAAAAAACUGGGUGCUUUUUAAGGUUUUAUACUUUGGAUAUAACGCUCAGAAAAAAUACUGAAUGUAUUUAAAAAAAAAUGUAAAAAAAAAUAAUAAUUUGAUUUGUAUAUGUCUCAUUGAUGCGCUAGAUUAGUGUAAUAAAUGAUGCUUUUAUUAAAAUGACUUUCUCACGACAUGUUUCUUUUAUUUAGCUUGGGGGAAAACUUGGAAUUGGCGCAGGGAGACUGCUUGUACUUCCGCUUGUACUUCCGCUGUUACUUCAGGAAGAAACAUGCAGGGUCACCGAAUGACCACAAGAGGUCAGUGUCGCUCGACAAAAAAAAAGACCUUUAAAAAAAAAGCUUAAUUUAAUCAAUAAAUCUUAAAUUUAGAUAGAGAAUUUAAAAAAAAAAAUUAAUAUAAAUAUAUAGCUAUUGCAAAGAAUAUGACAAAUUAUUUAAAUAUAUUUAUGUAAGAAUGAUAUAUUUAUGAUGUAAGAAAUAAAUUGUAAAACACUAAUAAAAAUCAGAUUGAUAAAAAUACUUAAAAAUUUGUAUAAAAAAUAAUAAUGUAAUCAUGCUCAUUUCCAACUAAAAUACUUUCCCUAAUAUACAUGCAAAGCAAUAUAAAUGUAGCAAAAAAAGAUUUUUUUUUUACUUUAAUAGUGUACUACAAUGAAUACUGUUUCAUUUUUAAAGAGCAGGAAUUCAAUGUAAAGGCAGCAUACAAUAAUGAAUAAUAUAAUAAUAAAAUGAAUAAAUUAGCAGUGUACAAAAUGAUCAUAAAUAGUAUAAUUUGCUCAGCAUAUAUUAAAGUGUUUAGUCAUAAUAAUAAUAAUAAAAAAUAUGAACAGUCUAAACAUGUAGAAUAAAAAAUAAUCAUCAGAAUAAUAAUCAUCAUAAAGAACAAUCAAACGGAUUAGCUAUGACAAUGCACCCAAAAAAAUUAAAUAAAAUUAAUACUUUACUAUAAUGAAUACUAUUCUAUUUUUUCAUAAAUAUAUGUUAUAUAAAAAUGUAACUAAAAAAAACAUAUAUAUUGUGUUGUAUAAUAACACAUGUCAAAAGAGCAAAAAUGACAUUUGCUCAUCUGAUCCAAAAAUGUGAAAAAAAGCAAUGCUCCACUGGAAUGGAUGAAAAUAAAUGAAAUAGUCAUUAAAAAUGAAUAAUAAUACACAAAAAUGAAUAAUAGCAGCAUACACACAAAAAAAUGAAAAUCUCCAUAAUUAAAAACAACACUGUAUGGAAUAAUAUAAAAGAAUAGAAAAUUAGUUACAAAUAUACACAUUUUAACCCAUUACAUAUCAAUCACAUACAUAUCAAAUAUAUAAUUAUUGAAAAUAAAAAGUGUACGACCAAUGCUAAAUGAUGUCAUGUAGAAAAUGUAUUCAAAUAUUUUUCUAUACUCCAAAAAAAGUAUGAAUUUGGACAUGCAAUAUAGAUAUGAAUGCUCCAGUUGAAGUUUGACUUGACUUGACCGUGACUGGAAGUACUGCCCGGCACUUCCUGUGCAUCAUGUGACUCCUAACUGCUUCUCUCAAAUCUUCCUUCCAUUUGAAGCUCCUCAUUUUUGCAGCUCUUAUUAUCAUCCUCCGUAUUAGCCAGCCUAUUGGGUGGGGGGUGAGGUGUGGGGGUGGGGGUGGGGGGGCGUACUGAAUGGAAGGGCCUGAUGAUGAAAAAGGCAUUGAGAGCACAAAUGGAGCUCUUGAGGGGACGACGGGGACAAACAAGCCGGGUUGGCCGUGCAGCAUCUCCUUGUAGACGCGGCAGCAGGAAACAAUGAGCCCCCAAGAAGUACCCCCCCCCCCCCUCCACCCCCUCCUUUCACAAAGGGGCGAUGGAUGAUAGCAUUACUCACUAUCCAUUACUAGUCCCCGGAGAAGCGAGCAGGAUGAGGAUGAUGAUGAUGAUGAUGAGGAGGGUGUUGAUUAUGAAACGUGAUUAUUUCUUUUCAUCGAGCGGCCGGCGGAUGAUUAGCCGCUGAAAAUAAUAGAAAGCCUCUUACCUCAACCACGACUAUGCAUCCAUUCAUUAGGAUUGAUCGCGUAAUAACAGCGGUGAGACGCUCCACUCGUCUUCUUUUUAAGCAACUUGGUUUAUUGUGGCGGGCACAGCAUAUACAAACACACGGAAGCUCAUAUAUUCUACUACACAUGGAAACGGACAAACCGGGCACUGGACUGUACAUCAAUAUUUACACUUCAUCCUCGGGACUGGACUUUUUUUUUUUUUUUUUUUUUUUUUAAGCAUUCCA